GCGAUGCCAGACUCAAAAGAGUACGAGACCAUUUAGUAUGUAAACAGACAGAUGUUUUCCCUACCUAAUCAGUAUUUGCCAAAAGAUGUCACGCCAGGGGAAGACCUUUGUUAUUGGAGUUGGGAUGACAAAGUUUGAAAGGCCUAUGAGCAAACAAUGGGAUUAUCCAGAUAUGGGAAGAGAAGCAGGUUCUACUGCAUUGGCUGAUGCUGGCAUUUCAUACAAUUCCGUCCAAACUGUGGUAGCCAGUUACUGCUAUGGUGAACCUACAUGUGGUCAGAGGGCAGUGUAUGAAUUGGGUUUGACUGGCAUCCCAGUAUACAAUGUUAAUAAUAACUGUUCUUCGGGAUCCAGUGCUCUUUUGCUUGCCAGGCAACUAGUUCUCAGUGGUAUGGACUGCACUAUGGCACUGGGUUUUGAAAAAAUGGAAAGAGGACUAUCCCAGAAGUAUGAAGACAAGAUAUCCCCAGUGAAGAGGCACAUGGAUCACAUGGUAUCCUUAGGGGCAGAUCCUGGGUUGAUCAGACCAGACCUUAAUGCUAUGACCUCAGAUGUUGUGAAAUUGUUUGCUUACGCUGCUCAAGAAUACAUGAAGAAGUACCCUGCACUGACUUUCAAUGAUCUUGCUCGAGUUGCACUGAAGAAUAGAGUUCAUGGAUCACAGAAUGAACGGGCCAGUCUUCAGAGACCUACCAAUCUUCAGAAUAUAAAGAGCAGAAUGCUAUGUUAUCCCAUUGCCUUAGGGAUGUCUGCCCCAACUGGUGAUGGCGGUGCUGCGGCUAUUGUGUGCAGUGAAAAAUUUGUGAAAGAACACAAUCUCCAAGACAAGGCUGUAGAAAUUCUAGCCCAGAACAUGGUCACCGAUCUUCCAUCAUCAUUUGGCAAAAGUUACAUGGACUUGUCAGGUUUUGCCAUGGCCCAGCGAGCAGCAGACAUGUGUUACAGGGACUCUGGCUUAACGGCAAAGGAUAUUGAUGUGUUAGAAGUUCAUGACUGCUUCUCAUGUAAUGAGUUAUUUAUGUAUGAGGCCCUGAGGCUGGUCCCAGAGGGAAAAGCCCUGGAACUGUUUAAUACAGGGAAAUGGGUGCCCACCACAGAAGGUGGUCAGGUAUAUAAGAUGGGGGACAGGUGGGUGGUGAAUGCUUCAGGUGGACUGGAAUCUAAGGGACAUCCCAUUGGAGCCACAGGUCUUGGCCAGUGUGCUGAGCUGGUGUGGCAACUGAGAGGAGAGGCUGGGAAAAGACAAGUAGCUGGAGCAAAGACAGCAUUACAGCAUAAUUAUGGCAUUGGAGGGGCAGCAGUUGUUACCAUGUAUCAGAAACAUAAACCAGGAAUACCAAAUGCCAGACUUUGAUCAUCUCAUGGGUCCUGUAAAUGGAAGAAGAAAAUGAGGAGGCAUUUGUUUGAGAAUGAUCACUUGUUCUCUGCAUUCGACAACUUUCUACAGGAAAAAGUUGCUAAAAAGAUAAAGAAAUCAGGUCUAUGUUUUGUAUCUAGAUGACAAGCAAGGUGUGAUAAUCCAAACUGCUUUUAUCUAGAAUUUUCGCACAAUGAAAUGUUUAAUACUGUAAAAUUCACUGCAUGGUUGACAGAGCUUCAAAACUAAAAUUAUAGUUAAUUAACUUUGGUAAUUUGUUCAGUGCAUCAAUUGUAAUAAUUGAUUUCAGUUCUGUGCCAAAGCAUACAUUAAUUUAGUUCACUGACCAUAUAUACUGGACCAAAAUAUAAAUGCUCGGUGAAAAAGGAUUGAUGUUUAUGUUUUAAUUAUUAAACAAUAUUAACUGCUAUUGCUGGCUAUGCAUUGUAGAUAAUUACAUAAAAAAUAAAUCAUUUUUUCAUUAUGCAUAUAUUUUGGUUCAGUAUAUACAUGUAUCCAGAACAAGAAGAGUAGUUAGUUAUUUCAGGGCUUAGGUAAUAUGUGUAGACUGGAGUUUAAUAGUUUGUUUAUGGUAUUGCAAAGUUUCAAAAAGUACAUUCCAGGGUCAGUCAUUAAAAUCUCUGAAAAUACCAACUUCAUAUUUCAGAUCUUUGACUCACUAGUUCUGUAUCAUCAGAGUGAAGUGUAGAAUAAGGAUACUUUAUCAUUCAAAUAUCGAAAAUGAGUUAUUUCCUGGAUGUAAUUAUUCAGUAAUGCAUCUACCUUUGUGUUGAAUUAAAACAAUAAAAAUCUCCUUGAAAUAUAUAUAAUAUAGGGCCUAAAUUUCUCUUGCUAUGUAGGUCACUCAAACCUUUUAUUGUCUAUUUAACACAUUUCUAUUUUGAGGUGAGACAGCAAUUGCUAAGGGGCAUAACUUCAUCCUUGAACAAGAUUUUAUCAUAAAAAUUGGCAUAGUUAACCAGAAGUGCAUGGCCGCCAUGAGCUUCAAACAGUGUCAUUAAAUUGGCAUUAAAAUGAUGUUCAUGGGUGCUCAGGUAAAGGAGAAAUUUGAAAAGCCGUUUUUUUUUCCAUUUCUCCCAAAAUCGCAACUAUGAUGUCUGCCGUAUGAUGAUGUGUGUAAAUGUUAAAGAGUUUAUGGCAAACAUUUACAAUAUCCUUACCGUCAGGGCAUUGCCAUAAAACUUUGUAGAGUCUAAGAGAGUACAAAGGCUUUUGCUAACUCAAACAUUCCUCGACAGUGUAGUUUCAAGACGUUAAAUGGCUUCUGCCAGCUAAAUUGUUGGUGCCCAUAGGCAGUGUUAAUUACGUCAAAAUCAUUUGCUUAUCCCCCUUUCCCGACUAUCUUAAAUGUCAGACUUGUUCAUGGCAAUGCUAAAUUGAGUUUGUUUUUUUUUUAAGUACAGACACAGAUGUGUCUGUACAUAUAGCUGUCACCUGCGUUUGUUGUUGCUGUCAUGGCCAUCUCCAUUGCCACUGUCAUUGCUGUGCACUUUCAGCAAUAACACUAUAAUCGGAAAGCUGUUUAAGCUUGAAGAAAAUCCUAUUUUGGCCACUGCCUCCAUAGUGACCAUUAAAGGAAAACCAUGUCACUAAGGGUGCUU